AUGAAUCCCCUCAAGCAAAGUGAUGUCGAUACUAGCAAAUUGAGCCCGGAUGAGCAGCGUCUUUAUGCCUUGUACGGUAAGAGACCCAACAAGAAGGAUGUGCUGCAAAACAAGCUCAAGGAGCGCAAAUACUUUGAUUCUGGCGACUACGCGCUGAGCAAGGCCGGCAAAGCUUCGGAUGUCGGCGUCACCAACAUCGGCUCCCGCCACCCAGUCCCUGAGAACAUCCCACACCUGACAGCCACCUCCCCAGGUGCCAACAACCCCACAAUGGGAAAUGGCAGUAUCAGUGCUCAAGGUGGUCAACAAAUCCCGGGCAGCUUUAGUGGUCACCCCAGCUCGAUCGGGUUCCAGAGCCGUAGCCCCAUUAAAGAGGGUAGCUUCCUGCACCGUGGUUCUAGCCUCAGUGAGGGUUCUGCGGGCCCGGAUACCCAGGAUAAGGAGCUGAGUGUGAGCCCACCACCUGCUCGGGAAGGUGUGCCCAUUCGCCGUUGA